UUGCUUGUGUCUGAACAGCGUCCUGAGACUCUGGACUUCCGUCUGAAGACGCUUUAUGACAACCGAACAAACCACCUCUAUGCUCCAUUCGGUAGACACUGAGACCACCGAAUUUCGUGCAUACUCUUUAAAUUGGUGCCUGGGGAAAUAAAUUAUACCAAAAGAUUUUACGAUUCGAAUUCAGGACGACUGUGAUCCAUUUACGGUUGCAUAUAAUUGUCCAAGCCCGAUUAUUCUUGCGGUAAUUGGACAUUGCUCUGUCAAGAAGAAGUUACAUUCAUCGGAUCACGUUUGACCUUCGUCGUUCUUAUUCCGGUUUGAAGAUGCAAAUGUCAGCGCUACUGCUUGCUUUAUUUUGUUACACAUUGAGUAACUUUGUCUUUUAACCCUUCACAUAGCGAGUUCAUAAAAAGAGGCAGUGUUUGUGUUGUGGAUUUUAAAUUGAUGAUUGAACUGACCAAGUAAUAAUAAAGUGUUGGAACAUUAUUAACUUUUGAACUAUAUUAUUUGACCUGGAUCUGUUUUGUCUUUGGCAACAAGACCAGAUCAUCCAGAACCUACGAGAAUCGCUUGGCAUUGAAGAUAAAUGAACGAGUACGAGUGCUGAGGCGUCCGCUAAUAAAACAAGAACAUCAAGUUUCAAAGAUGGCGUCCAUUUGCUGGCACACACCAAGUCUAGACGCUUCAUGAAGUUUUGGGCUACGUUUUCCAACAUAAAGCUGUCACGUAACUGUAUGGUAGAGGCUGCUGAGGCAAAAAAUGUAUGCAAAUUGAUUCCAUGGAGUUGACAGAAUCUGUGAUAAUGGACAUUACCGAAGCUUUCCGAGGCGAGGACAUUUCAAAGACGGACUUCUUCGAUUUCGUUGUUACCCCCGACUCCAACGAUUCACACUCCAUCCAGCAGUUCACCAAGCAGAUGCGAUCUGUGAACGCUUUCCUGAGCAACGGCAGUGCGGAAGAUAAAGAAACCAACAACAACAACACAGCCACCAACAACAUGCUGACCGCGGAUCUGAGUUCGCAAAUACCCACCAGCACCGACUGUGUUACGACUUAUGACGCGAGUUUUUGGAGCGAUAAAGACACUGUUAAGUUAGAAACUGCCAUAUUAGAAGACUUAAAUAAGUAUUGUUGGAGCACGGACGAUGCUAGUAAUAGUGUUGUGCAAAAUACGAAAACGAACACUGACGGACACAUUUACACCACUCUAACAGUAUUAAAUAACGGUUUGGAUCAGACGCCCACGUGGUACCGGCCGCCAUUAACGGCUAAAGAAGAAGAAUCGUCGAUGUCCAGCCCCAACUCUAUGGAACUCCAGGCCAACCUGGACAUUGACUCCAUUCUCAGCAUCAUGCCAAGUCAAAUGAACGGUUUCAACAAUAAUUACAGCGAGAGUAACAUAAGUCCGAACACCGAUGGUCUCAUCAAGUCCGAAACCUACACCUACGAAGACAGUGGUUUUGCCGAUAACAAAGAAGAAUUGGCUAAUAGUUUGAUAAUAGACACGCCGCUACUGGAGGCUCACGAUAACUUCAACAAUAACAACAAUGACUGGAAACUAACCAACCAAAACACUACCAAUAAUGGUGCUGCAGACUCUUUACUUCGAAGUGCCUUACAAGGAAAAGCUUUUGGACGUUACAACGGAAACGUCAAAGUCAAGACAGAAAACACGACAGAACUCAGAAGAGCUCUAUCAACCCCACCGGGUAAAUCAGAGAACAACAUUUACAUAAAAGACGACAGUGAUCAUCAUAUACCAACAAUUGUAGCAGGUAUAGAUGCAAACGGCAAAGUCAUCUUUGAGGAACACAUCACAAACAGGGGGAACGUAAAUGAACAAGAUAACCCCACAAGUUCUCAAAGUAUGAACGAUCUUCUAUUGUGCCAACUAGAACAAUACCCUGACGACUACGAAAAGUUGAAGAGGAUAGCAGAUGAGGUCGCUGAAUCGGUGAAUCAAUUCUGCCACAUUGACACUUCCGUUGAUAACACCGUUUAUAACAUAAGUCCAGACCAAAUCGGUCUCCUGAACAACCUCACCCCAAUCCAGAUAGCAGCACCUGUCGUAUCAAGUACCAAACAAACACCUAAAAAAUAUAAAAGAUCAAAUAGUGGAAACAAAUCUCAGACAACAGUUCAAAAUGCUACUUCAACCAGCAAUGGCAUAAGAAAGGAAAGAUCUCUUCAUUAUUGCAGUAUUUGCUCCAAAGGAUUUAAAGAUAAAUACUCAGUGAAUGUUCAUAUAAGAACGCAUACUGGGGAAAAACCUUUCGCUUGUAGUUUAUGUGGCAAAAGUUUUAGGCAGAAAGCUCAUCUGGCAAAACAUUACCAAACGCACAUCGCCCAGAAAAACGCAGCUGCAGCUGGUAAUGUUGCCACAACCAAAACUAAGUCUAGGUAGCCAUCUUGUAAUGCAAUCAACAAGUCGAAUCUUCGAAACUGAAACAUGUAAAAGAAAUCAAAUGAUAUCUCUGAAAAUUAAACGAAAUAAAACUGAUUAGAACUUCUUUAUUGGAAGUUAGAAAAAUUUUAUGAAUUUGCUUUCUAGUUAUAGAAAUUUUAUAUUAUGAUUAAUAUUUAUUCUUGAAGUAUGUCACUUCAGCUAGUUUACGAAAUGAAAAUCUUUCUGUACAUAUAAAUGAAAAAGAAUUUCCAUUUAGAUAUCCAUCAUGUAAUUCUGAAUCUAUUUCUAAGUUUAUCCAAGAGCAAAUUGAUAUGCUCGAUGGUUUCGUUUAUUUUAAGGAGUAUAUCUAUAAUCGAAAAUUUUAGUAGUAGUAUUGUAAAUUAAUUUAUUUAUUUAUUGUCAUCUCGAUAAAAGACCAACCUCAUCUGGGAUAUUCAAAACAGAUAAAAAUCCAACUUAAAUGCAAUAAUUAACAGCAAAACGGAAGAAAAUAAUACUCAUUUUUCACAUUCACUUGUUCCUAAUUAUUAUAUCAUUUUUGUUAAUUAUUUUGUACGUGCUGUGAUUAUUGAAUAUGUUUAAAAUUCAAAAGUUUUGUAUAAAGUUAACAAUUCAGUUCUGCCUAAAACAUUUUUAUCUUGCCAUUUCUGUAUUGUCGUAUUAUUUAUAGACUUUAUUUGUGGUAAAAUUAGUACCAAAAUACUCGGAAUCUUUUUACAGGGUCAAACUAACGUUUCUCCCACAAUAUUGAUGUUAUUUAUAAUUCAAUUCACUUUAGAUUGUUAAAUAAAUUCGUCAUGUUAAUACUAUGUAGUCACGAGUAUGUUAUGUCGUGAAAAGUGAGAUGAAAUUGAGACAUCAUAAUGUAACUUCUGUUAAGUCUCUUGGCAUUUUGGUAUGUUGAUUUAAAACGGAAUCAGUGGAUUCUUAGUACUGUAGCUUUAUUUGGA